AUGGCACGGGAUAUGACACCUUUCCCGAAUGAGGACAUUAUCAGAGCCAUGACUGAAUGUGGCCUUCUCAACACAGGAUCCAUGGAGCAGAUUAUUCAGUUUGCCCGGGACCAUGAUAAGGCGCUUAAUGUCAAACGCACAUCACUUGUCGUUAUUUCUACUUCGCCCUUUCGGAUGGAAUACCUCGAUGGUCCAUCAUCUCUUCCUUCAUUCUGGUUUAAAUUAUCAGGUAUUGAUGAGGAGGAAAAGAAUUUCAAGGGAUCCAAGAAAUGCAAGAGACCCUCAAGCAAAGUUGUUUGA